AUGCACCUUCAACAAAUUCUUAACUCAAUUCGAUUGUUUCAAAAUAUUUAUCAAUACCUUGAAUAUCUCCAUAAACAAAUCUCCUCAAAUAACUUCACUGGCGCAGCUUGCAUAGCAUUUAUGCGUGCAGUCACUGUUCGGCGUAGAACAGCUCGACGAAGUCAACGGAAUUUCCAUGUUGACCAUAAAGAAGCACUGGAGAUUGCCGAUCGAAAUGUGCAACUUAUCCAGUUGUUUGAUCUCAACCUGUUAGCAUUACAAGAUGCGUAUGAUGAGAAGGAAGUGUUCGAAACCCUGAAAGAACGAUAUGAUGAAUACGUUGCUUAUAAUCGUUCGAUGAGUUCGUCUGUCGUGAAUCAGAGCGUUUACACAUAUGUUCGAGCACAAUUUCGUGAAACAGUCGUCGAAUAA